AUGCGGACCAACUUCACCGACGCACAAGACAAACGAAUUGUAGCGCUUGCACUCGAGUAUAAAUCCCAACACAAGCGAGUAGAGUUGAAGGAGUUGGCGCGGGCCAUGAGGAGUAAACAUUCUGUCCAAGCGCUUGAGAACCGGCUGCGUGCUCUGAAGCGCACGUAUGGACGUGAUCUAUCAAGAUUUCCACCGUGUUUUUUCUCCACGUCGACGCCAACAUUCUCUCACAAGCAGCAUCUUCGUCCAUUGGAACCGAGCCAAGCCGAAAGCGCUAUCCGCGAUAUCUUCAGCAACGUUUCGGCCGCGGACGUUCCGUGA